AUGCUGAAUCUGAGGCUUUCUAGGCAACAGGCAACGGAGCUUGAGUUGUCCCUCUGUCUGCAAAUUGGGGUAGAAGAUGGACUCGUCAGUCUCCGGUCCAGGAGACAGCGUUUGAGGGAGAGACUAAAGGCGACGCAGCCCAUUCUGGAGACCUCGGCAGCGGGAAAGCUCGAAGAACGGGAAAACAACGAUCUGCACACCAAUCAACAUGAUGUCUCCAGUGGGCAGGACCCGAGUCCUGCAUCAGAAGUGCCCGACAAUCUUCUCCACGACCUGACCGCUAGAAUGGAUCAUAUCUUCUGUGAAAAGAAGUUGCUGGGAGCAGGCUCAUAA